AAGGUUCACAAUGAGACCAAUGUAGGUAUGGGCUGGGCCAUAAAACUCCAAUUGGACCAAAAUCGAAUGAACAAAAGGCCUGCAUUCACCGUUAGGCACCCGCCUCAAAAUCAGCUUGGCGCCAUCGAGCACUGGCAUAUCUCAUACUCGGUGCUCUUGCAGCUUCUCAAAGCUCUGUCGAGGAACCCUGAACUGAAUUCGCCGGCUAGACGGAUAGCCAGAGUGUGUGAAAAGAUGACAGAGGUGGUAUCUCUUAUGGACAUUGACGAAGAUGAGAACCAGAACCAGAAUCAAAACCAUUCCUCGAAACCAAACAAGGGAAAAAACGUCGUCGUAGCCGGCACGCCGCCUGAUGCUAAGGCCACUCCCUGGGUGGAGAAGUAUCGCCCUCAGUCACUCGCUGAUGUAGCUGCUCAUCGCGACAUUGUCGAUACUAUUGAUAGGCUCACCAGUGAAAACAGAUUGCCCCAUCUCCUAUUGUAUGGCCCUCCUGGCACUGGAAAAACUUCAACUAUUCUUGCUGUGGCGCGCAAACUGUAUGGGACACAGUACCAGAAUAUGAUUUUGGAGCUGAAUGCAUCAGAUGACAGGGGAAUUGAUGUAGUGCGACAGCAGAUACAAGAUUUUGCUAGCACUCAGAGCUUCUCAUUUGGGGCAAAGUCAUCUGUAAAGUUGGUCUUACUAGAUGAGGCAGAUGCCAUGACAAAGGAUGCCCAAUUUGCCUUGCGUAGAGUGAUUGAGAAAUACACCAAGAACACUCGGUUUGCACUCAUCUGCAAUCAUGUGAACAAAAUUAUUCCAGCACUGCAAUCUAGAUGUACGCGAUUUCGAUUUGCUCCUCUGGAUCCUAUACAUGUUACUGAACGACUCAAACAUGUUAUAGAGGCCGAAGGGCUUGAUGUACCUGAAAGUGGCUUGCAAGCACUUGUACGACUUAGCAAUGGUGAUAUGAGGAAGGCUUUGAACAUAUUGCAGUCGACACACAUGGCUUCUCAGCAAAUUACUGAAGAAGCUGUAUACCUUUGCACUGGAAAUCCAUUGCCCAGAGACGUUGAGCAAAUAUCUUACUGGCUUCUGAAUGAAUCGUUUGCAGAAAGCUUCAAACGAAUUUCUGACAUCAAGAUGAGGAAAGGAUUGGCAUUGGUGGAUAUUGUGAAAGAAGUGACUAUGUUUGUUUUUAAGAUUAAGAUGCCAUCAGAUGUCAGAGUUCAGUUGAUUAAUGACAUGGCUGAUAUAGAGUACAGGUUGAGUUUUGGGUGCAAUGAUAAGUUGCAAUUGGGAUCACUCAUUGCUUCUUUCACUAGGGCUCGAUCUGCUCUGGUUGCUGCGGCAAAGUAGUUCUUAAGCUGCUUUUGCUUGUCAUUUCACUUCUUGCUGAUUUCGGCCCGAAACAGUUGAAUGUUUGCUUGUGCAAUCAAGUCAUCCAUGUUUAAGAUUGUAAAGUAAUCAAGUUUGCAAGUUAAAAGAGCUUUAGCUGAUUGAAAGCUUGUAGACUAUUUUGGCUUUCCCAUAUUUUUUAAUACAGUUUUUCAGCUUGUAGAGGAA